CCGCAACUUGAUGAAUAAUUGCGUCAUUGUUGUCAAUUUAAAAAGUGAAGGGAUAGACCAGAAAAAUGCUUCGUAAUAUUUAUAAAGUUAGUAAAUAUUUUCAAAGAGCAAGUUCUGCUUGCCCUCAAAAAGUUUUGAAUGUUCCUGAAACAAAAGUAAGUCAAUUGUCGAACGGAUUACGUAUCGCAACGGAAGACUCCGGCAUACCAACAUGUACGGUUGGGCUGUGGAUAGAUGCUGGCAGUCGACAUGAAACCGAGUGUAAUAAUGGAGUUGCUCAUUUCCUAGAACAUAUGGCAUUCAAAGGUACUGCUAAAAGGUCUCAGACUGCUCUAGAGUUGGAAGUUGAAAAUAUGGGGGCACAUUUAAAUGCUUGUACUUCUAGAGAGCAAACAAUAUUUCAAGCAAAGUGCCUUUCCAAAGAUAUCAGCCGCUCUAUGGAUAUUCUUUCCGACAUAAUACAAAGUAGUAAAUAUGGAGAGUCUGAAAUUGAAGUUGAAAGGGGUGUUAUUUUAAGAGAAAUGCAAGAAAUCGAAAUGAAUCUGCAAGAACUAGUUUUUGAUCAUCUGCAUGCCUCGGCAUUUCAAGGAACUCCUUUAGGGCGCACAAUUCUUGGUCCUAUUGAAAAUAUCAAAAGCAUUUCCCGGAAAGAUCUUGUUGAUUUCAAAACCAAUCAUUACGUUGCAUCUAAGAUGGUGUUGGCAGGAGCAGGGGGCAUCAAUCAUGAUGAACUUGUUAAGCUUGCAGAACAGUAUUUUGGAUCAUUAAAUAGCCAUGGUGUAGUUGACGAAAGCCUCUUACAGCCUUGUAUGUUUACAGGUUGUGAAUCUCGAUUGUGCGACAAUGGUAUGCCAUUGGUUCAUCUUGCUCUUGCAGUGGAAGGUUGCGGAUGGAUGAAUCCAGAAAGUAUACCUCUUCUCAUUUCAAACAUUCUGAUUGGUAAUUGGGAUCGUUCACAUGGAAGUGGAGGAAACGUUUACAGUAAAUUAGCACAUGAAGUAGGCAUGAAAAAUUUGUGCCAUAGCUUUCUUUCUUUCAAUACGUGUUACAAAGAUACUGGUUUGUGGGGAAUUUAUCUUGUAUGUGAUGGUAAAACUUUAAAUGAUAUGAUACAUGCUGUGCAAGCGGAGUGGAAUCGGUUGUGCACCUCGGUAACCGAGGAAGAGGUGCAACGAGCCAAAAACCUCUUAAUGACUAACUCACUGCUGUUGCUUGAUGGAUCCACACCUAUAUUUGAAGAUAUUGGCAGACAAAUGUUAAAUUAUGGCCGGAGAAUCCCGAUGUCUGAAAUGGAGGCCCGCAUAGAAAUGAUAAAUGCAGAUGUUGUAAGAGAAGUUUGUACAAAAUAUUUAAAAAACAAAUCACCAACAAUAUCUGCAAUAGGUCCAGUAGAGAAACUGAUGAAUUACGAAACUUUGCAAAAAGGCAUGUCAUAAUUUAUUUUAGUUUGUUGUUAAAUGAAAUUUCAAAUAUUAAAUCUUAACCUGAAAUUUUAUGUAAUAAAUUUUGCUGUAUUGCUUUCAUAUCAUAUUACAAAAACUAGUUUCAUUGUGAACUGUUUUUGCAGAUGU